AUGUCAGCAACUACGACGCCCCAAGUCUCCCACGACGCAAAAAACCAACGCUUCACAAUCCAACCCGCCGGUUCCACCGAUGUUGCUUACUUGACCUACGAACCCCUCUCCCCCCCCUCCCCAACCCCCCUCUACACCUUCUCCCACACCUACACCCCCCCAUCCCUCCGUGGCCGCGGUCUAGCAUCUAUCCUAACGAAAGCGGCGAUGGAGUAUGCUGCUAGUGCAGGGUGGAGGGUUAGGCCGGAUUGUGAGUAUGUUAGGGAGUGGGCGGGGAAGAGGAGGGGGAGGGAUGAGUUGGUUGGGAGGGUUGUUGUUUGGGAUGAGGGGGCGAAGCUUUGA